UUCACUGGCUAAGUCAACAUGUUUGUCGCUCCUUUUACGUUGUUAGUUGUAUUAAUUUUGACUCAUCGAACUGAAUCUCAAGAAGAGUUCGAUAGUGAUCAACAUAAUCGAAUUGUUGGUGGCAGUGCAACCAAAGGACCAAUUCCCUACCAAAUAUCAAUACAAUAUGAUAGAAACGGCGAAUGGACACAUUAUUGUGGAGGAUCCAUAAUAUCCAAGGACAUUGUCCUCACCGCUGCUCAUUGUGUCAAUGGACAUAACCCCGAGAGUAUAUCUGUGCUAGCUGGGACGACUGACUUUCGCCGAAAAGAUGGAUCACGUCAUGACAUCGUUGCCUAUAAGGUCCAUGAAAAUUAUCUGAAAUUGACCACAAGUGAUAUUGCCUUGGUCAAGGUAAGGCCUCCAUUUGAGUUUAAUGAGAAAAUUUCGAAAAUCAAUAUUUUCGGAACGAAAAGUGUUGGCGAUAAUGAACCCGUCACAGUGACUGGAUGGGGUUCAAUCUCUCCAUUGGUCUUUGGACCAUAUCCGUCAAAUCUGCGAAUGCUUAAUUAUACGACAAUUUCGAAUGAUGAAUGUAAACGGUCAUUUGGUCAAGUUACUGAAAAUGAAAUUUGUGCUUUUCAAUUCAUUGCUAAGGGAGCCUGUGCUGGAGACUCUGGUGGUCCAUUGGUGACUCGUGAUCGACAGCAACAAAUCGGAGUUGUUUCAUAUGGAACUAGUAUCUGUGCAGUGGGACUACCUGAUGUAUUUACAAGGGUUUCUGCUUUUGAGCAUUGGAUCAAAGAGUCUAUUGGUUUAAAAACAUGAUGAUGAUGAUGAUGAUGAUGAUGAUGAUGAUGAUGAUGAUGAUUGUGAUAGAGAUGACUUAAUUAUUGAA